GCUUUUCAAACGGACAAUUGUGGCGUAUACAGCAAUACCAAACAGGUUCCGUGCCCCUAGGCCUUGACAUUCUUGCCAUUAAACCUUGACCUUCACCUCUCACGUACACACUGACGGCCGGUGGCGGGAUCUCCCAGUUUUUGAAGCGGAUCUUUUUUUUAAAACGUUUUAAAGUCAAAGUCGUGAAAUCUUCAGACAUGAUAGAAAAGGAGUUAACGGAGUCCUGGUGGACAGCGUUCCGCAGCCCACUGGACAUCUAUGAGAAGCAUGCCAACUUCCUGGUGGCUGAACUGGCUAUCUACCCGAUGGCAGUGCUCACUUUCAUGCACGCUAUGCGGAGAGGUGGACGUUACCGGAACAUGUGGUUCGCGGCGCUGUUCCACGGUCUGGUCUCCGAGAUGAUCGCGUACUGGGUCGCGGAGAUCGACAACUUCUGGCACGCACAGUCCUCCAUCAUGAUGCUGGGCAGGAGGCUGCCGCUUUACAUCAUGUGCAUCUACCCGGUGAUCCACUACGUCUCGACGGUUGCUGCCAGUCGGCUGAAGCUCGGAAUCUUCCCCACAGCGUACGCGGCCGGGCUGGCGGACUGCGUGUUCUACCACGUGUUCGACAUCGUCGGGAUCAAACUGCUCUGGUGGACCUGGCAUGACACGGAUCCAAACGUCUACGAACGGCACUUUUGGGCCCCCUAUGCCAAUACUCUGUUCCGGCUGACUUUCUCCUCUGCCUUCACUCUUCUGUUCUUCGGGACCCACAAGUGGAUCACAGGAAAAAACAUGUUCCAGACUGGGAGUUUCCUUCAGGAGGCCGCUGCCGUCCUUCUGACGGCCGUCCUGACGUUCCCGACGGCCAUCGCGACGCACUUCAUCCCGCUGUACCACAGCCUGCACGACGCGCUGGGCGCCAGCUCCGAGGUCUGCGUGCUCGCCGUCAUCUACCUCUACAUCCUCAUCGUGUGGGUGUCGGACAGGAACGGGCCGCAGGAAGGCAGGCCUAGGGGGAAGGACAGGAACGGGCCGGAGGACGGCAGGCCUAGGAGGGAAGGUAGCCACCCCUGGAAGGACGAGCUAACUCUGGUGGUUCUGAUCCACUUCCUGACUUUCGCCGGACUUGCCGUUUUUGCUAACCCUGAGACGGUUAUGUCUACCGGGGUCCACGAACCCCUCGGACCCUGCAACGAGACAAUGCAGAUGUACAACGCCAUCGGACAGCUUGUAUCGAAGAGGAAGUACCUGUGUCCGAGCGACUAUGACGAAGGCUACAUGGAUUUCCACUGUGUUCCCGGUGGGAAAGCGCCCCCUGGCGUGCACCACUGGUACAGCGUGUGCGGAACGCCCCAUGAGAACCACGCGGAGCACAUUACUGUGGUGUGGGGCUUCUGUCUGCUGGGCCUCACCUACUACUACAACCUGCUGGCCUGCUCGGGCCUAGAUGAGUUUCCAACCAAGAAACACAAGACUAAUUAAGAUAACUUUUCAUGUUCUUUCUUCUCCUCUUAAACAUCAC